UCCUUCCAAACUAUCUCCUUCUCUCUCUCUCGCCGACGAGGCAGGAAGAACGACCAAUUGAGACGUUGACCCUUAACCCCAGAUUCAGCAGCUUUGAUUCUUUUUUGAACAAUCUCUCUCUAUUUCUCUCUUGGUAGAGGAAAAAAGUCUCCUCUUUCGUCUUCUUCGAUCUCGGAUCAUCUGUAAGUUUAUCUUCUAUUCUUAAUCGCGAUUUCAGAGGGCGUUUAUAUCAGAUCUAUUGAAUGGAUAGCAGUUACUCUGUGAUUUCCAAAAGUUCGUACGUCGAGUUACAGAAACAGACGGAUAAUGGAAUCCCAGGCAAACACAGAACCACCAAAUUGCUUCCUUCUGAUGAAGAAAGCUUCGUGAAUGAUUUUGACGACAGCCGUGAUGUUGUUGGCGAUGAAGAAGGUGAUGAUCUGGAUUUCGAUGUCGCUGAUUAUACACUCGUUCAUGGGAAACCGAAUCAAGGAUCUGGGAUCUACGGUGCGGUUUUUAACCUCACCACAUCGAUCAUCGGUGCCGGGAUCAUGGCAUUGCCGGCAACCAUGAAAGUUCUCGGCUUGGUUCUCGGGUUUGUUUUGAUCAUCCUUAUGGCGGUUUUGUCCGAGAUUAGUGUUGAGCUUUUGAUUAGAUUUUCAGUUCUUUACAAGUCCAGAUCUUACGGCGAUGUGGUGCAGUCCGCAUUGGGCAAAACCGCUAGGGUUUUGUCUGAGAUUUGUAUCAUUGUCAAUAACGGUGGCGUUCUCGUUGUUUAUCUCAUUAUUAUGGGCGAUGUCAUGUCUGGUUCACUUCAUCACAUUGGGGUUUUGGAUCAAUGGUUAGGAAAUGGGUUCUGGGAUCACCGUAAAGUUUUGAUCUUGAUUGUUAUGGUCGUCUUCUUGGCUCCUCUCUGUGCUUUGAACAAGAUUGAUUCCUUAAGCUUGACAUCAGCUGCUUCGGUUGCUCUUGCGGUUGUGUUUGUGGUUGUCUGUUUUGUUGUCGCAACGAUUAAGCUCAUCGAAGGAACUAUCGACCCUCCAAGGAUGGCUCCUGAUUUUGGCUCCAAGAAAGCAAUCCUGGAUCUUCUCGUUGUCAUCCCGAUAAUGUCAAACGCUUACGUCUGUCAUUUCAAUGUCCAGCCCAUCUAUAACGAGCUCGAAGGUCGAUCGCCUCAUAAGAUGAACCGAGUCGGGAGAAUCACAACAGCCAUUUGUGUGGUUGUCUAUGCUUCAACUGCUAUAUCGGGUUAUCUUCUCUUCGGUAUGGACACUGAAGCUGAUAUCUUGACCAACUUUGAUCAAGAUCUCGGCAUCCGUUUUAGCUCUGCCGUGAAUUACAUUGUCAGAAUCGGAUACAUUCUUCAUCUAGUUCUCGUCUUCCCCGUGAUCCAUUUCUCCCUGAGAGAAACCGUCAAUACCUUAUUGUUUGAAGGCUCGCCUCCUCUCUCCGAAUGCAAAAAGAGAUCUUUGGGACUCACGGUGAUCUUGCUGGCUCUUAUUUACAUUGGCUCAACGAUGAUCCCAAAUAUAUGGACUGCUUUCAAAUUCACAGGCGCAACAUCAGCGGUUUCACUUGGUUUUACAUUCCCUGCUCUUAUCGCUUUACGGUUAGGGAAACAGAGCAAUUCGUUAAGCCUCGUGGAAAGAUCUGUGUCGUGGUUGAUGCUAAUCUUGGCCGUGGUGGUUAGCAUUGUGGGAACCUUAGGCAACAUUUACAGCAUCAGAAGCAAAUCAGAUUGAUAUUUUUUGUUUUUUUAGCGGUUUUCAGGAUCUUGUAGAUUUAUACAAAUCAGAGAUUCUCAGUCCAAUACCGAACCGGGACCUUUAGGAUCUCAGUCAAUGGCGUUUGUUCAUGCUUAAGCCCAAAUAUUUCCGGUUUGUGAAUUGUUUCACGUGACGAAAUUUUCAGCAUACCCAUGAUGACUUAUAUGUAUACAGACCAGAUUCUUAUGAUUUUAUUAUAUAUACGCAAAUUUGCU